AUGGAAUCAAGCUCGAAGCGUCGGAAAAUUGGCCACGAGAGCAUCGGCUUGCGCCAUGCUGGACUUAUUGAUUUUGAGUCUCGAAACACAGCCCGAGUCACAGCUGCAAGCACUUUUGUUCUGCAGACGGAUGAGCUUCUCAAGGAGGCCAAGCCCAACUAUGAAAAGGCACUCCAUGGCGUCGAUGGCCAAUUGCACCGACUAAAGGGUAUAAUCGAUGGAAUUGAGCCCCAUGACCCCAAGCCAAUCACCGAGGCCACGGUAAAAUUCGAAAAAGAGCAUCGCAUCGUCAUUCCAUAUCCCGACCCAAAGCCCGCAAAAGACGCCCCAUACAAGGUCUCUUAUUCGCCGCCGUCACAGUGCAAUGUUGUGGGAAGCUAUGUUUCCCGGACAAUGAUCAAAACGCAGUCCGAGUUUGGCAUUGAUAUGGUCGUCCAGAUGCCCUCGUCACUAUUCCAAGAAAAGGACUACACGAACAUGCGAUACUUUUAUCGCCGAGCCUACUACAUUGCGUAUAUUGCCGCGCGCGUGCGAAAGGAAUUUGCGCAAGAACUGGACUUAAGCUUUGAGAGCUUAAACGAAAACCCUCUGUUGCCAAUUGUUGUCCUCCGACCAAAAGCUUCGAGCGAUGGAAGUGAUGAGCGAGAAGCGAAGAAGAAGUCGAAGAAAGCAUCUUAUAGCAUCAAACUUAUUCCUUGUGCCCCCGAUGACCUAUUCCCCUGGUCUAAAGUGACGCCAAAGUCGAACAAUAACCGACUGGGCGAGGCAGAUGAAAAGAAGGAAACACAGGCGGCAACACCCUUUUACAACUCCACCUUGAACGCCGAGAGAACUUUCAUUCCCUAUUUACGGCUCCUUACUCAUAUGAGAAAGGAAUGUCCCGCUUUUGCAGAUGCUUGUAUCCUCGGCAGGACGUGGCUUCAACAGCGCGGCUUCGGCAGCGCCAUCUCCCAGGGGGGCUUCGGUCAUUUUGAGUGGGCGACAAUGAUUGCUUUACUCCUACAAAUGGGUGGCAGGAAUGGGCAAGCAGCUUUAUCAACCUCCCUAAGUAGCACAGAGCUUUUCAAGGCAGCCCUUCACUUUUUAUCGACUACCGAUCUAAGCAAGAAACCCUAUACUUUUGCCACGUCUACUAUUUCUGCGGAUGCUGUUCGAGAGGCCGGCCCCGUCAUGUUUGAUCCGACUAGACAACUCAAUCUCUUGUUCAAGAUGACGCCUUGGUCAGCCAGCAUGUUGCAAAGCUACGCAAAAUCUACUACAGAACUUCUCGCCGAUGUGAUGGCUGAUAAAUUCGACCCUACAUUCAUUAUCAAAGCUGAUAUCCCCUUUCAGACAUUUGAUGUUGUUUUUGAAAUCCAAAGCACUAAUCUGAGCAAAUUUUCCGAAUCCGCAGACCGCAGGAGCGCUGUGACAAACUUCUGUCUGGAAGCACACAAGCAUCUCAAACGGGCGUAUGGCAACCGAGCACAGCUGGUGCAAUUCCAGCUGCCUCCUAGGGGACAUUGGUCGCUGGCCAAACCCCCGGCCAAAGAAGCCACGCGUGCCCUAAUGGGUGUUGUUUUUGACCCUGUUCACAUGUCGAGGCAAAUGGAGUUCGGCCCACCUGCCGAAGAGCAAAAAGAAGCUGCGAGAUUUCGACAGUUUUGGGGUGACAAGGCUGAAUUACGACGAUUCAAGGAUGGCAGUAUUCUCGAAUGUAUCGAGUGGUCGAGCAAGCUUCCAUUGCAAAUUUGCGAGGAGAUUACACAUUACACUCUGCAGCGUCACUUGAAGAUCACCAAAGAUCAAGUGACAACCGUGGGAGGUGCUUUUUCUUCCAUUAUAAGCUUGUCUCAUCUUGAUAAGUCUGCCUUCGAUUCAGCUCGGCAAGCAUUCCAAAACUUCGAACGAGACAUUCGCAACCUUGAAGAAUUGCCGUUGCAAAUUAAACAACUCUCUCCUACAUCGUCUUCCGCGCGUUACGCAUCUAUUGAACCACCGUUGAUGGGAUACCAUAAAGGAUCGAUUGAGCUCAUGGACGUCAACUUGUACUUCGAAGCGUCAAGCAAAUGGCCUGAGAAUCUUACCGCUAUUCAAGAAGCAAAGGUCGAAUUCUUAAUCGAUAUCGAUAGACGACUGACAAAGGCAAACGAUAAAAUCACUACGUACCUGGGUCGCGAGAACAAAGAACUCGGCAUUGAAAGCUUGGCUUAUCUCGAUAUUAUAUAUGAGAGUGGAGCAGCAUUCCGUCUAAGGAUACACUGCGAUUUGGAAGAGAAGCUCUUAGAGCGACAAGUCAAAAACAAGACGCUCGAGCCUCGAAUUCGCGAGGAAGCCGAAGAAGCUUUUGAAAAGCUGAACUGGCUGUACAAUGCUCUUCCGCUCCAUACUCAGACCAUUGCAACUUUCUGCACCCGUUUCCCUCCUCUCUCACCAACCAUCCGACUCGUCAAGCACUGGUUCAACAGCCAUAAACUAAGUGGCCACAUCCGUGAAGAGCUCGUUGAGCUGUUCGUCCUUCACGCAUUCCUCCAGCCCUACCCCUGGAGACAGCCCACUUCCGUCAUCACGGGUCUGCUGCGAACAUUAUUCUUCCUUUCCAAGUGGGAUUGGCGCGAUGAGGCCUUGAUUGUUGAUACCGCGGAAGACCUCUCCGAAGACGAUCGAUCCUCAGUUCGCCAUGACCUUCAAACUUGGAGGAAGCGAGACCCCAGCAUGAACGACAAGGUCUUAUUCGUGGCUACGUCCAACGAUCGAUCUGGCCUUGCGUACACUCGCAAUGGACCAUCAAAGCUGGUUGCCUCCCGCAUGACACAUCUCGCCAAAGCAGCCUGCAAGCUCGUUCGAGAAAAGGGCAUUCACCUUGACCCAUCUCUUCUGUUCGAGACUUCCCUCCAAGACUACGAUGUCCUUUUCCACCUGUCCUCCAAGGCCAUCAAGAACAUUAUCCGUGAAACAGCCGUCGAGUCUGGCGGAAGGAAGCACUCUCAAUUCAAGAACCUCGACGCUCUCACCGCAUCGGUCCCUCUCCCCAUUAGAGCUCACCCGACAGAUGUAUUCAUGGAGGAGCUAGAGCGCGUCUACGAAGACUCGCUGCUGUUUUUCCGAGGCAGCACGGAUGAUUCUGUUGUGGCAGCUCUGUGGAACCCUCGGUUGCAGAAACAAAAGUUCAGAGCAGGCUUGCCGUAUAACUUCCAUUCUGUUGGAGGUGAUGGCGAUCAAGUCGAGGUAAACCAAAAGGCAGUCUUAUUAGAAAUUGCGCGAGCUGGUGGAGAUAUGAUCAAAAAGAUUGAGGUGGCUGAGGAGGACGAGUAG